AGAGAAACUGACUUUCUCUGUCCUCACAAAGGAGAAAUAAGGAGUAUCUUUUGUCAGUUAUUUGUCUGUAAAAGCUCCUAGCCUUGAAAAGGAACUGCCUGUACUGAGCCUGAAGAUAUUGCAACAUUAAUUUAUAGACUCACUUUCUCCUGCAAUGUCUGAUGAAGUGACCUAUGCAACACUUAUGCUUCAGGAUUCUUCAAGAGUGAGAAGUAAACAGGAUGGAAAUAACCUAAGAAAAGAAGAACACCCAGCUCAAUCCUCCAUUUGGCGAGGAGCUGCCUUGAGUCUGAUGACCCUCUGCCUGUUGCUGGUGACAGGACUGGUGACCUUGGGGAUUAUAUUUUUGCAGAUGUCAAACGAUAUUAACUUGGAUUCAGAGAAGUUGAAUCAACUUCAGAAAGUCAUCUACCCACAGCAGGACAAUCUGUCUGAGCCACUGAACAUCUCCAGGAAAGGUCCCUCAGAGGAAUAUCUCCAGUCUCAGAUCUCUGCCCUCCUGGAGAGACAGUGGCAGAUGGCUACCAAGCUCUGCAAGGAAUUCCUCACCCACACUUCUGACCACAAGUGCAAUCCUUGUCCCAAGACCUGGCAAUGGCAUGGAAACAGUUGCUAUUAUUUCACAACCCACGAAGAGAAAUCCUGGAGUGACAGCAGAAAGGACUGCACAGACAAGAAUGCCACUCUGGUGAAGAUUGACAGCUUCAAAGAAAGGGAUUUCCUUCAGUCACAACCAUCACUCACACUCUCUUUCUUUUGGCUGGGAUUGUCCUGGAACUCAACUGUCAGGCACUGGCUGUGGGAAGAUGGUUCAUCUCCCUCUCUAACCUUAUUUAGCUAUCAGGAGCAUGCCAGGUUCAACAGAUCCAGAGGCUGCGCUUAUUUUGAAAGAGGGAACAUUUACAUUUCUCGCUGUAGUGCUGAAAUUUUUUGGAUUUGUGAGAAGACAGCUUCCCUGGUGAAGAUUGAAGAUUUGGAUUGAUCUGACUCGUCUAAGUGUAUCAAGAGGAAGGGUCUAUUGCAAACACAUGUGAGAAAGGAGGAAGCUAUGGUAUUUGAGUAAAAAACUGAAUAAAAAGUAGAUGUACUUCAA